AUGCCUUAUAGCCACAUUCUACCAUAUUUAUUGAGGGGGUCACUUGUGCAACUAAGGGAGUUAGGACCCCCACCAGCGGUUCUUCCUCCCGGUUAUGAUGCAAAUGCCCGUUGUGAAUUUCAUUCUGGCGCUCCUGGGCAUUCGAUCGAGAAUUUUAAAGCAUUAAAGUACAAGGUUCAAGAUGUUAUUGACUCUAAGGCAAUCAAGUUCGCCCCCAAGUGGCCGAAUGUAAAUAAUAACCCGAUGCCCCCUCACAACAAUGCAUCGGUGAAUAUGAUGGAAGUUGACAAUGGAAGGAGAUUGAUGUCCUGUGUGGACGAGUUAAAAACACCACUCAUCGAGAUCAAGAAUGCUUUAAUGAAGAAUAAUGUCUUUCUCGUUUGUGGUAAUGACUGUAAACACUGUCUGAUUAACCUACAACAAUGUAGAACAUUGAAGUCUAUCAUACAACAAUUAAUGAACCAAGGGAUCUUGGUGGUAGACUGCCCGUCCACAAAGGAAGAUGUGUCUACCCUCGAGAUACCAUACGGUGAAGUCCCUCCUCUUCAAAUUCCAUACGACUUCUCUCAGUUAACUCUGUCGACAAAUCCUGUUACUCCAAUCGUAAUAACAGUUCCCACACCAUUCCCAUAUGUUGACACCAAGGCAGUCCCAUGGAUGUAUGACACCUCAGUCUACAUUCAUGGUCAGAAGGUACAAGAAGAACCGUUGAAGUCUAGUGACCCAAUGAUCAAUAUCACCGGCACUAGCGGAGUCAUGAGAAAUGGAAGGAUAUUUGCGCCGACACCCACUCCAAUUGGAAAUAUCAAUCCUUCAACUUCAGACAAAGGCAAACAAAUUGAUGGCGCUCAGCAAAGACAAGACCCCACACCUUCAAGUGAAGUAGACGAGUUCUUACACAUUAUCAAGAAGAGCGAUUAUCGAGUAGUUGAUCAGCUUAACCAGACACCCUUGAAGAUCUCAAUGUUGUCUUUAUUAAUAUGCUCGGAGGCCCAUAGGGAUGCUUUGGUAAAAUUUAUGAGGACAACUCACAUGCUGCAAGAGAUAUCUGUUUGUCAGUUUGAAGGAGUAGUUAACAAUAUCGCUACUAGCUUAAGCUUGGUCCUAUCAAGAGUUUUGGUAGACACUGGGUCUUCCCUCAAUGUGAUGCCUAAGAGCUCCUUUGCUAAACUAGCUAUUGAAGGACUCGUAAUGAAGCCGAGUGAGCUUAUAGUAAGAGCAUUUGAUGGGACUAGAAGGACUGUAAUCGGUGAGGUGAAUUUGCCUAUGAAGAUUGGUCCCCAUAUUUUCCUCAUCACUUUCUUCGUAAUGGAUAUCUAUCCAGCUUACAAUUGUCUGCUUGGGAGGCCUUGGAUCCAUUCAGCUGGUGUAGUCACUUCAACGCUCCACCAAAAAUUGAAAUUCUUAGCUGAUGAUAAGCUAGUUGUUGUCAAGGCAAGGGAUGAAUCAAAAGAUGCCGAAUCUCCCAUGGCAUCUCUUAAAGACGCCCUGGCAAUCAUAAAGGAUGGACACCCCCAAGGAUGGGGAAGAUUGCUUGAACUCCCUUCCAACAAGGACCGCAUCGGUUUGGGAUAUAACUCCCAAAAUUUGAGGAAGCCCGCGCCGAUAGCUACAGGGGGAUCAGUGCUCCCUCUAUCCGAAAACUUCUCAAGUGCUGGUUACCUGGAUGACAACCGUAUUUGUGUCGUGGAAGAAGAAGAAGAAGAAGAAAAUGAUGGCUUGAUCUUCACAAAGACUGAUGGAAAUGGUGCCACCAAAUGGACCGAGUUUGAAAUACCUAAAGUGACCUUGAUUGAAAUGUAA